AUUUGUCAAAUAGCCUGUGCAUGGCAUGGUUGACAGGGUAGCUAACGUUUCGGUCAGGUAUCCGGGGUGGACAGUUUUUUAUCAGCCUGUAUCUGAACAUUAAUCGUCGGUUUUGGGAGUAACUCUGUCCCUCCUGACUGUGUAAGCCGUUGUUGUCGUUCUCGGAGAGCGGAUUUUCACAUUUGUCAUUGCUCGAUUAGCUAACUAGUCAACGUUGUUCUUUGAAAAUGGCGGAUGUACCAUCAGAGAAGAGUCUGGAUGAUUUCUUUGCCAAGCGGGAUAAAAAGAAGAAGAAAGAGAAAGGAAAGGGGAAAGAAUCCACCAGCGGACCUACGUCUGCCGUGGUGAAGAAGACCAAGAGGGAGAAGGAAAAAUCGGCGAAAAACGAGAAUCAAGACGCACAGAUUGAAAAGGAGGACGAGGAAUGGAAAGAGUUUGAGCAGAAAGAAGUAGACUACAGUGGGCUCCGACUUCAAGCUUUACAGAUAAGUGAUGAAAAAGAGGAAGAGGAGUAUGAGAAGGAGGAGGUUGGUGAGGAUGGAGAGAUCAUUCUGGUUAGUGGAGACAAAGUUUCUGGUCCCUGGAACAAAUCUGGGGCUCCAGCUCCAGCUGCACCUGUAGAGGAAGUCGAGGUGCCUGAGACGAAGCCUGCUGGAGUAUAUCGCCCUCCAGGGGCUCGACUGUCCACCACCAAACGCACGCAAAACCAGGGCCCUCCUGAGAUCUUCAGUGACGCACAGUUCCCCUCUCUUCAGGCCACCGCCAAACAUGUGGAGACACGCAAGGACAGAGAAAUGGAGAAAACCUUUGAGGUUGUGAAACGAGGGAAUCGUGGCAGAGAGGAGACCAGCGCCGCUUCUAUGCAGCAGUUGCAGCUCGACAACCAGUACGCCAUCCUGGGGGAUAAGUAGAGCGGCUCCCCUCCGUCCCCCCAGCCCCUUCAGCACGGUCCAGCCCAGCCCCUUGAAGGAAGCUGAAUCCAGCUGUGUUGACUGCAGUCCUGCCACCAUCAGCACAUUGGUUACUCACACACAUAGACACAGCCACAUUUCCGUCAACACAUACAGCAACACCACUGCAGACAAUACACCAACACCCCCCAUCAGCAACACUCUACAUGCAUUUGGUUGGCAAAACUGAAGGACUGCAUCUGAAGGGGCUGUUGAAAGAGGGAGUAAAUGAAAAGGAAUUAGCAACAAACACCCAAACGUACAACACUGCAGCAGCAACAGAAGGCGACGUAGUUGUCCUUUGUGGAUUGAACUCAGAGCAGCAGUUGUGUGGCGCAACUUUCCUCCGGACUUCAACUUGCUUUGAUAAAGCCACAGAGGAUCGAAGAUAACUUUAGGCAAGAUGAUUUUACAAACUUCUGUGAAAAUAUCUAUUUUUUGCAAGAUCAUUAUAACCCAAUCGCACAAGAUAUUUUGGGGUGGUUUUUGAGUUUGCGGUUGGGCCUUUUGGGCGUGGGGAUGCUACCUCAGCAGUAUAGCUGAUGGUGACGAUGUGGACUGAGCUUUUUUUUUGUUCUUUUGUGGUUGUGGUGGUGGCGAAGGGGCAAACAUCUACCCUUCUCUUCCCCACACUCUCGCAUAGAAGCUGGCCAUCCGGCUCUUUGAUUUAGAAACUUGAAGCUUUGUCCCUUUCCCUUCAUGUUGAUGACGUUCUGCGAUGAUCUGCGGACAAGAAGCGACAGGGUGUGGUCCUCAUUUAGAAUUUCUAUAUAAAGUGGCCUUACUGAUAGAAACUGCUUUGUCAUCUGAAGAGAACUUUGCUUGUUGUCUCACAGGAUGUCGCUUGACUCUGGAUAUUGCCACUUUGUGACAAAUACCUGAAUACAAACAAAAAUCCUUUUUAUUCAGGAAUGUAGUGCUGUUGUAGUUUGCCUGAUGAUUACAGCUACUAACUUUUAUCAUAUCCAUUGUUUGAUUUUGCUGCCCUUGCUUUAUUUUGGUCUUCUUUUAUGACACCAGAAAAGAGAAAUGAAAGCUUGUUUCUGAUCUGAAAGCAUUCUUUUGGUAACAUGAAAUCAGUGUGGUUUGACACCAAUGGUCAUAGAUGUUACUUUUUCAUAGAAGAUCAUCCAAAACCACUUCAGAAGCAUAUUUAAGGCCACAUUGAAUUCAACCCUCAGUUUUAACUUUCUUUUAAAGAGCUUUCUCCUCACAACUUAAUGUGCCGUCAGACCUGUGCAGAACUUUGCUUCCAGAGAAUAACAGUUACUAGUUGUCUGUUCAAACAGUCACCAAACCAACAGAGUACAUAGAGUAAGUGGGACACCCAGUUAAGAUCAAAUGGGUCUUUACUGCAAGCAUAGUCAUGUUGAGAGCUGAAGAUAAACUGGAUUUAUGUUGUGUCUGUUCUUUCCAUCAAAGAUGUCAGGGAGGGUCGAUCCCUGCUGGGACACUUUGUGUGGACGUAGAUAUUUGUAAUGAAAAGAGAAGAGCCUAACAUGAAAAAAUAAAGUGAUCCUUGUGAA